AUUACAUAGGAGUCAUCUAGAAGCAAAGGGAAAAUAGUAGUGGGUAGCAUUCUCACUUAAAAUUACGAAGGAAAUUACUUCUUUUGAUUUUAUCCGAUCCACGAUUCACGCAGCCAGCUAGAGCUUGUAGAGUUAACUUAUUAUUCUGGUCGAAGUCUUCUAAGUCAUAAUUCAACGCAAUUCGAGUUAUUUUUCCAUUUCCUUGGGCUUCUCUUCCUGCCUUCUAGAUUCGAGUUUUUUUUUUUUAAUUUAAUCUUUGAAGCGUCUUUUCCUACAUGACUGGUAUUUAGAAUCCUAAACGCAGGCCCCCUAUUGGGCCAUUCAACUUCCCAAUUCCGUCAAAACUUUUCACUUCCUUCAUUCUCUGUUUUUCAUCGGGAAGGGUUUUUUGUUGUACUUCGGUUGUUGAGUUCUCAGCCAUGGCGUCGCAAGAGUACAUGGACAAGAUGCAGCUCCGCCAGAACUAUCGAAAUCUCUGGCAUACCGAUCUCGUGAGAACCAUUCAACGGGACCCUCCGUAUUGCUGCUUAGCUUUUUGGUGUGGGCCAUGUGUAUCCUACAUGCUUCGGAAACGAGCGCUUUAUAAUGACAUGUCGAGGUAUACAUGUUGUGCUGGUUAUAUGCCAUGUAGCGGUAGGUGUGGAGAAAGCAAAUGUCCUGAGUUUUGCCUUUGCACUGAGGUUUUCCUCUGCUUUGGGAACUCAGUGGCCUCUACCCGAUUUCUGUUGCAAGACGAAUUCAACAUUCAAACAACAAAAUGUGACAAUUGCAUCAUUGGUUUCAUGUUCUGCCUUCAACAAAUUGCCUGCAUAUUUUCCAUAGUUGCAAUGAUUGUUGGAAGUGAUGAGAUUCAAGAGGCAUCGCAGUUACUGAGUUGUUUGGCUGAUAUGGUUUAUUGCACGGUCUGUGCAUGUAUGCAGACGCAACAUAAGAUUGAAAUGGACAAACGAGAUGGCAUGUUUGGUCCACAACCAAUGGCAGUACCCCCUGUUCAGCAGAUGUCACGCAUUGAUCAACCAAUUCCUCCUGCAGCUGGCUAUCCACCACCAGCAUAUGGACAGGCUUAUCCACCUCAGGCACCUGGCUAUACUGCUCCAGGUUAUCCACCGGCUGCAUAUCCUCCUGCUCAGAACCCUCCAGCUGGUUACCCACCACCUGGCUAUUAUAGAUGAUCUUUCCCUGGUUACUUCUUGGUCGCAAGCACCUGAGUCUGGGUUACUGAGACAUGGACAGAGCUGGUAUUCAUUAUUAAAUUUGACUUUCAUGCUGUUGCGAUUUAUAUAGGGAUCUGUUUUAUGUGUGAUGUGGUUUCCUAUUGCUGAUCUAAACAGUUAAGGGUUUAAAAGUAGAUACUGUCGACAUGUCUGUUCUCAAAAUCUUUUGCUUCAUAUUCCUAUCCCUUGGUGUUUUAUGUAAAUUUGUAUUUAUGAAUAUCUGCAAAUUUUGGUACAUAAAACCAAUACUGUCAAACUUCUGAUGUCCACGAAUUUUCUCUUUUGAGGUUGGUAAAAUAAAAUUGAAUUGGCUCA